CCAAAACACGUGUUAUGGCGUGCCGUACACCCGAUAUUUCAUAAUACACCAAGUAUCAUAUAAAGUCCACAGUGCUGUCCAUGACAUCUCCCAAUCUUCAUACCAACUACCACGCCCAUCUACUCUACCGUUGGUCCAAUCAUGAAUCCUAUAUGAAACUCGUCUUUUAAUUCUAUCUCCUGGGACAGAUCUUGCAAUGAACAACAUAGAGAGGAUCCUCUCUCGUCCAGUCGCCAAACCAUACCGCUCCGGAUCAAUCAGCCCCAACAUCAAGCCAUUCCUUAACAAGCAGGGCUAUGUUGACUUUUCUCCUAAUGAUGUCGAAAAUCCGAAAGAAUGGUCCAGCGCUCGCCGAUGGUACAUCACGACGAUUGCCAUUUUACUCGUGGUUAAUGCUACCUUUGCCUCAUCCAGCCCUUCAGGGUGUCUCGUUGGCAUAGCAGAAGAAUUCCACGUCUCACAGACAGCUGCAGGCCUCGUUAUCACCCUGUUUCUGCUUGGAUACUGUGCUGGGCCUUUGAUAUUUGCACCUUUGAGCGAGUUUUAUGGGAGACGCUGGGUCUUUUAUGGCACCUUUUCAGGCUACCUGGUCUUCAACUUUCUCUGUGCCUUUGCGCCCAAUUUCGGGUCGCUGUUGGUCGGUCGCCUCUUGUGCGGAAUCUUUGCGAGUGCACCAUUGACUAAUGCUCCUGGUGUUCUCGCCGACAUAUGGGGCCCUGUGGAGAGGGGAGUGGGCAUGGCUCUAUUCUCAUCCAUGACAUUUGUCGGACCUGCCCUUGGCCCUCUCGUGAGUGGCUUCCUCCAGCUAACCAGGAGCUGGAGAUGGAAUUUCUACGUCCUGUUGUGGUUGGGAGGCAUUACUGAGCUCAUGAUGUUUACCAUGCCAGAGACGCUCCCAUCAGCAGUUCUAAUCAACAAGGCUCGACGACUUAGAGCAACGGGUAUUCCAGAAUAUCGAGAGCUUCAAGCUCCGGCUGAAGCACAAGGCCGUGAUUUGAAAGACAUGUUCAAGAUCUCCUUCACGAGACCCUGGCAGAUCCUCUUCGACACAAUUUCACUGCUUGUCGCUCUAUAUGUCACUGUGGUCUACAUAUUGCUGUACAUGCUCUUCACCAUCUACCCUAUCGUCUUCCAGCAGAAACGCGGCUGGAAUGCUGGAGUCGGCCAACUACCACUUAUCGGCACCGCUAUUGGUGGUUGUCUUGGUGGUCUCAUCGCCUACGCUUUUUCAAGGCGAGAUAAGAGGAAGAUGGACGCCGGAAUUCCGCGUAAGCCCGAGGACCGUCUACCUCUGGCCAUGGGCGGAGGCAUCUUGUUUGCAGUCACCAUGUUCUGGUUUGGAUGGACCGCCAACUUCAACAGCAUUCACUGGUUUGUCCCGACAUUGGCAGGAACAAUCCUGUCCACAUCCAUUCUCCUCAUUUUCGUUGCAUAUCUCAACUAUCUUACCGACACCUAUCUGAUGUACACGGCAAGCGCCAUGGCAGCCAACACAAUUUGUCGCUCGGCCGGUGGUGCGGCCGCACCUCUCUUCACAAGAUCCAUGUUCGAAGCUUUGGGAGUUGGUGGAGGUGGUUCUUUGAUUGGCGGGUUUGCUAUUCUUUUAGCUCCUAUUCCUUUUGUCUUUUACCGUUACGGAGAGCAGAUUCGACGACGCAGCCGAUUUGCUCCCACCGAAGACGCACCCGCAGAUGAUGAAGAGAAGCAGGGGCGCAUACCUGUGCAGACAGGAGAUGGACCACUCGGAUCUGCGGUGCCGUCAAUCCACUCCAGUCAUGACAGUCCUGAUUCGACGGACCUUGAAUCUCUUGGUGAAUCAAAUCCACCACACCAACAAGAAGGUUAAGUCGAACAGAAGUAGAACUAAUAUCUCAUGUACAAAAACCACCAUAGCAAUUGCCGAGAAGCCGCGGCUCGAUUUACAUACUGUACUAUAGCGCUGAUCCAGCCUGAAAAAUGCCGCACACAGCCCCGUCCUCAGUAUUUAUAAUAUGGGUCAACAGGAAUGUUCUUCCGUAGAUGGUUUCGAAAUAAAGGUGGGACCCUGCCGCGAAUAUCCGAUGCUCCCGACUGGCCUUGACAAACAUGAUGUUCGAUCAAGUCCUCGAUCGCACUUGCCCAUCCGAUCAACUUAUCCUCUUGCCAGGCUGAAUGCUGAAGAGUCAAGGCCACUGGCAUACCGUCUGGAUCCAGUCCCACAGGGAUCGAAAUGAUUGGAUAUCCUGCUUGAGCGGCGAUUUGGAUCCCUCCAGCUUUCGCGUCGCAGAACAGCAGCGCGUCAAAUUGGGAGUCUUGUCCACCGUGGUCAUCCUUGUCAGGUGGCACAGGCUCUCCUCCGACCCUGGUCCUCCGGUAUAAGGCAGCAUCGAUUCCAUUCCCACGACAUUGCUUAGUGAUGUGCUCCAACGCCUGGUGGUAGAUCUCGUCCUUGAUGCCCUUAGUCUCGACACUUUGUCGAAACACUCGCUGUCCCUCCGGCCAUGCUGGCAAAUCCCCGGCGUGUCCUCCUUCCGAGCCACUAUUCUGGUCGUUGAAGCGAACUAUAUCUUCCAACGUCUUAAUUGGUGUGUUCUUCAGCUUUUUCAGGUAUCCUUCAAUCAAAUAGUAUGCUUGAACUUUGCAAACGGUGAUUUCUGACCGUUCGGGGGAAGUCUCCCCGUGCAACUCCCAAUCCCAUAGUCCCUCUGGUUUCAAUCUCUCUUCUGCGCAAGGCAUGUUGGUUUCAACAAUCUCUGCCCCGGCGUCGCGCAUUAAUUUCAGUACUUGUUCGACCACUUGGCGCUGGGGCACAGGUGCGACAUCCCAGAACCUUGCCAUAGGCAAGCCAAACUUUGCGCCUUUCAGAGCAGAUCGAUCUUUGAGGCACCUAAGAUAACUCCCUGGUUGCUGCCUUUCAGGCUGAAUCGUAAACUUGUCAUUCUGGUCUUCACCUGCUAUAGCAUCCAAGGCAUAAGCAGCGUCGGCCACAGACCUCCCAAAGACGCCAACCGAAUCUUGCGUUUCCGAGAUGGGAAUGAUGCCUGCUCGUGACGUUAGGCCGACAGUAGGUUUGAUAGCAACCACUCCAUUGACCAUGCCAGGACUGAUCACACUGCAAUCAGUCUCAGUGCCAAAUGAGACUGGGACGAUGUUUGCGGCCACGGCCACGGCGCUUCCAGAGCUGCUACCAUGAGGAGAUCGGUUGAGCGAAUACGGAUUCCGGCAUUGCCCUCCGCGCGGAGAAUAUCCUUCAGAGUAGGCCCCUCCUCUCAUGCCUGCCCACUCAUCCAUGUUGGAUUUUCCCAGGAUGACAGCCCCAGCCGCGCGUAUCAGUUUGACAAUGUGCGCGUCUUCCGGGACGAUGCUUCCCAGCAGAGCCCACGACCCCGCCGUGGUCUGCAUCCGAUCUGCCGUGGCCAUGUUGUCUUUGACCAGUACAGGGAUUCCGUGCAGUGGACUUCGGACGAUCCCUUGUGCUCGCUCCGCAUCGAGGGAUAUGGCUUGAGUCAUGGC